AACGCUACAUGACGUGCCCGUAGAAAAGUCUUUCCGGCCAACCGCUGUUUGCGAUAAAUUAGCUUGCAUCUUCUUCCACAUUGCUGCCGCGCGCCAUUUGUGUCCCUGACUUCCUGGCAGCGGCAAUGGGUGUCGUGAGCUCAACAAUCCCUGCAGCCUUACUCCUCACUUCCUUCUUGCUCAUCUCCAAGCUUCCUCGCUGCAGGCCACUGUCGUUCAGCUACAACUUCUCCGAUUCUGCCACUUACGACCGUGCCGACAUCACGACCGAGGGACCCGCGACUCUCCCUCAACAAGAUGACAGCCCCAUCGACCUCACCCAGAAUCCCGUUCCUAGAUCCCAAGGCAAGUGCAACUGUUGGGGCCGGGCGUCAUACAGCAAGCCGGUGCCCCUCUGGGACAAUGCCACCGGCGAGGUGACGAGCUUCACGACCAGCUUCUCCUUCGUCAUCAAGGCGGCCAUCGACAACAGCACCUUCGCGCCUGGCGACGGGAUCGCCUUCUUCCUCUCGUCCCACCCGUCAAAAAUGCCUCCCUUCAGUGGCGGCGGCUACCUCGGCCUCUUCAACCAAAGCACCCCCGCCGGUACGACUCCACCAGCUGUGGUGGCGGUGGAAUUCGACACAUUCUCAAACGAAUGGGACCCGACCAUCAACCACAUCGGGAUCGACGUCAACUCCAUCAACUCCAUCGCGGUACUGGAGCUGCCGGCGGGCGAGCUCGCCGGCUCUGAGGAGCCGAUGGUUGCGUGGGUGAGCUACAACAGCAGUACAAAACUGCUCGCCGUCGCCCUACAGCUAAAGCGCAGCUCAGAUGGUGGCAUGGCGAGGUACGAGCUCAAUACUACCGUUGAUCUCGAGAGCUUACUUCCUUCCGAGGUGGCCAUCGGGUUCUCUGCCGCGAGCGGUUGGUCCGUUGAUCUGCAUCGCGUGCUCACCUGGUCUUUCAACUCCACGUUGGCGGCGACGAAAAUGGUGGCGGUGACACCGCAGGAACCGAGAGGACACAAUGUGACGGAAGAAAAAGCGCCCGAUAUAUCGGUCAAACAAUUUCCCUCCAAAAGUAUUGUCCGGCCGCUCGUCGGACUGGCUGUCGGUGCCAUGCUAAUAUGUGUCGUUGUUGUGGGUGUAUUGAUCCGGUUUCUAAUGGUGAGGCGCCGGCGGAUGAGCGAGGAGCACCAACAGGAGAUGGCGUCUGCCGACUCGGACGACCGGUGCAGCAUGGACGAGGAGUUCGAGAACGGCACCGGCCCGAGGCGAUUCCGCUACGGCGAACUCGCCGCCGCGACCAACAACUUCUCCGAGGACGGGAAGCUCGGGGAAGGUGGCUUCGGCGAGGUGUACAGGGGUUCCUUGAGCGACCUGGGUCUUGACGUGGCCGUGAAGAGGAUAUCCAAGAGCUCCCAGCAGGGGAGGAAAGAAUAUGUCGCCGAGGUCUCCAUCAUAAGCCGGCUAAGACACCGCAACCUGGUCGAGCUCGUGGGCUGGUGCCACCGCGGCGGCGAGUUCCUGCUCGUCUACGAGCUAGUGCCCAACGGCAGCCUCGACGCCCGCCUCCACGGCGCUUCGGGCAGCAGCGUCGUCCUGACGUGGCCGAGCAGGUACGAGAUCGCGCUCGGGCUCGGCUCGGCGCUGCUCUACCUGCACGUGGGGUGCGACAAAUGCGUGGUGCACAGGGACGUGAAGCCCAGCAACAUCAUGCUGGACGCGUCCUUGGGCGCCAAGCUCGGCGACUUCGGGCUGGCGAAGCUGCUCGACCAUGGCAACAGCUUGCAGACGGCGGUUGUGGCGGGAACCAGGGGGUACGUGGACCCAGAGUACGCCGCGUCCGGCAGAGCGAGCACCGCGUCCGACGUCUACAGCUUCGGCAUCGUGCUGCUUGAGAUCUGCUGCGGCAGAGUGCCGGUGCUGCGGCUGCCGGCCCGAGCGGAUCAGGAGGCCAACGACAGCGAGUACUCCUCCCUCCUCGAGUGGGUCUGGGGCCUCUACGGCCGGGGAGCAGUUCUAGAGGCGGCCGACCAUCGCCUGAACGGCGGCGAAUUUGACCAAACGCAGGUGGAACGCGUGCUGGUGGUGGGGCUCUGGUGCGCGCACCCGGACCGUGGCGCGCGGCCGUCUAUCAAGCAAGCGCUAGGCGUGCUUCAGUUCGAGGCUCCGUUGCCUUGUCUUCCUCCGAAGAUGCCCGUGCCGACGUACUCGCCGACCGUUGCAGCUGGGUACAGCGGCAAACGUAACCCUGCUGCCGCUGGCUCGCCGGCGCCCGGUGAUUCCUCCAGUGCCGGAGCUUCUUCUUCUUCUUUCACGGGCGGUACACGCUCGACCGCGACCAGUUCCUCCACGACGGUUGGACCAUCUAGCUGUUGUCCAGAGUCCUCUGUUGUCAGUAUGCAACAAACUGCUGGCAUGUAACGAUCUUACAAUCAUCGUGUUGGAGGUUAGCACUUCUCCAGAUUCCAGUUCGGUACGUCCGAGGGAAAGUUUCGUCCUCGGGAAGGAGGCAGCUGAUCUUGAUACCUUUUGAAGGUACCGUAAAAAGCUGCUUCUUUAACGAUUCCCCAGUGUGAUGCAGACGUACUUGAGACAUUCAUGGCACCUGUUUACACAGAACCAGAUGUCUCUUAAUUGAGCUGUAUUAGCGUCGUCUUGCCAUUGAUUUCCAGGGGUAACAUGGGUUGUCUACAAUCCUUUUUCUUGGGGAAUCGUUUUCUUAAUUUGUUAUGAGAAAGUACAUGUGCUGGCCUAGUAAUUUCAACA